AAUUACAUUUUUGUACGUAAGAAAGUAUGGUUGACCUUAGUGCUGCGGUAAUUUUAAAUAUUGCUAAAAACAUUUUUUUAUGGCUUAGUGGCAAUGUUUUUAUUUUAAGGAAAAAAGGAAAAAAAAAAAAGAUUACUUCGAAACUGGAAAUAAUGGACACUCAAGAAAAAGGUUGCUCCAGCCGCAAACCGGCCGCUUCCAGGCGCAAUUUAAUGAGAGCGCAAAUAUAAAAAUGUCCAGCGCCGCGCGCUCUUUAACGAAUUGCGCGGAAGAGGAAAAACAAAAUAAAAGAACGCGCCGAAACCUCCUCAGCUCCCGAAAGGUUGUUCGAGAGUUGUAACGCGCGGCAGAAACCUCACCAGCGAGCCGACGGCCAAAGCGAAAGCCCGAGUGCAAUCAUGAGGCAUCGUCAGAGCCCGUCGGCGAAUACCACGCCUCCCCUGGCGAUAAACGAUUUAGCGGGAAAAACAACUUGAGAUGCAGAUCGCCGAGUGCGAUUCAUGUGUGCGUGGAUUUCGCCGGUACGGGCUUUCCGACGUAUUGACCGAGUGCAGGGCGGCUGGGCAGAUCGUUGCUUGGAUGGUGUCGCCACCUGGUGCAAGACCGCAGCGGGUCACUCGGCUGACUUCUGUCACGUUUCCUCGUUUUGCGGGUCUCGAUUGCGGGACGAAUACCCGAAGGAACGUUAUCGGAGUUCUUGGCGCGGCCGAAAUGCCACGGUACGACACGAACCACGGCCUGACAGCGAAUUAAAAAGCAGCGAGAAACUGCGAAGCGGGAAAAAAAGUCCACCAAAAAAGCCACCGUCGGCAGUAUUCACACAUGAGUCACUGCGCGGUGUUGUGAGAAAAGUGGUUCAGUGUUUCGGGCACCGCGCAAAGGAUCGGCAUCUAAGGUUGGUUCACGGUGCUCGUGAUUAUUUUCUCCGGUGUUUUCGGCAUUUUUUCGCGACUAAAAUCGCUUUCAGAUUGCGAUAGAAAAAGAAAAUGCCGGACCGCAGCACGCCGUUAGGGGUGCUGCCUCCGCGGCCGCGGUUAAUUGCAAAAAAGUAGUCCCUCGCGUCGAAAAUUUAUGUCGGUUGCGGGUCGAUGCGUGGUGGUGUGUGCCAGUCGGCCGAAGUAUUUCGAGUGGAUUAUCGGACCGGGUGUUUGUGAAGUUGUGGCGACGUCCCAGCCGGGGCCAAGACGAGUGUGCGGAGGGAUUCCGUUAUCCGUGCUUUCCUUCUCCCAGAUGUUCCCGCUCUCGAAGUGGCCAGAAUAAUAGUGUGCGUGCGGCUGAUAAGGCCAUGCCCGUGUAAGCAUCGGUCCGCGGCUGGCUGACACACGUGGUGACUGUGGACCCCGGCAGCGAGCUGCGAGAUGGGCGUCGGGCCUCCGGGAGCCCCGGUGACGCGCGCCGCGUGAGGAUGCGACCGUUCAGGGUGUGGGCCUAGUGGCAGUAUGGCAGCGCCAGCGCAGAGCCUGCUAAAUUGUGAACAAAAAACGGCAGACAGCGCGGAGCUGCAGCCUCCUGGCUCCGGCGGAGGCCUCAAGAAUGGUGCUUCGGGCGAAGAGCUCAGCGCGGACGAAAUUCCGGCCGGCGUGAUGGUGAAUAACCGAGUGAAAUCGCCCAGCAGUGCGAGUGGACACAUCGGUCGAGAACUGACAAUGGAUAACUUCCAAGAUGGAGGUACCCACCAGCUGAACGCUAGGCCUAGUGCCGUCGCCGGCGAUCCGGCCGCUUUUGCGGACCGACAGCGGCUCGGCUCCGAUUUCCGGGCGUACAACCAGAACCUCCGGGAUUCCGUAAUGGUCGGUGAGGAGUUUCGGAACUCUCCGGACAGCAUGAACCACGUUCCGGUGGCCGGUUACGGCGCGGGCUACGCGGACCGGGGAGGCUACAUGGCGAGCCAACAUGGCGGACCCAAUCUACCUGGGUCGGACUCGGCGCAGAACAAGCUCUACCAGCACUAUAACCAGCAGCACAUGAGGCCCGGAUACCCGCAGCAGGGGCCGCGGGCCGCUAUGGGGCCCAUGGGGAGCCCGCAACGGCCGGGCGCCAUGAUGCCGUGCUACCCGCCUAGCGCCAACGGCGGGGCGCCGCACAGGUUCCUUUCGGGCCCCAGCCUGAGCCAGCAGGGCGGCCCGACACCCACGCUCAAUCAGCUGUUGCAGUCGCCCAACCCGCUGCACCGCUACCAGAACAGCUACCCCGAGUACAACUCGGCCAUGCACAAGGCGGACAUGGCGCAGUACCCGGCCUCGGUCGGGUCGCCGCACUCCUGGGCCGGCGCGGUGCGCGCGUCGUCGCCCUACCCGCAGCAGAUAUCGGCUCCCAUGUACAGGCCGCCGGUGGGUGGCGGCAUGCACGAAGCUGCGACGGGACCCCCGGCGUCCAAGCGGCCCUACCUGGGGCCCGCACAGUACCCCCAGUAUGCGCAGAGGCAUCCCUACCCGGGCCAGCCCAGGCCCACCAUGGCCCAGGCCUACUCCCAACAACAGCAGAUGUCCCCGUACUCGUCGGGGCCCCAGGCGUCCCAACAGCCAGGCCAGCAGUCCCAGCCCGCACCCUCUGGGCAGCAGCAGCAGCCCGGCCUGGGGGGUCCCCCGCACUCCCCGGCCCAGUCCCCGCACCCGCAGCAGCAGGAGCGCCCCACCCCUCCGCCCCAGGGCUCUGCCUCCCCAUCCCGGGGCGGGGAGGGGCCCCCAUCUCGCCAGGGCACCCCCAACUCGCACCCGUCGGGCUACGGGGGCUACCCGUCCCAGGGACCCUCCCCGGGGGGACCCCAGCAGCAGGCACCGUCCUCGUCCGCGCAGCAACCCCCGACACCCACGUCAUCCUCAUCUUCAUCUUCCGGGGUAGGCCAGUCCGGUUCGACGGCGUCGCAGCAGCAGCAGCAGCAACAGUCGCAGGAGCUGAGUGGGGGCUCGUCGGGACCCCCGUCGGUUUCCGGAGGGGAGGAGGAGUGUCCCCCGGGGGGCCGCAGCACACCCCUGGGCCGGCCCGGGCCUGGGACCCCUCCGGCCCCGCACCCGGGCCUGUCCCCCCUGCGGCCGGCGCCCUCCCCUUCGGGACCCUCCCCUUCGGGCGGAGGAGGGGGAGGAGGCUCCCGGUCCAUGUCGCCUGCCAUAGGUGCCCAGUCAAACAUUCCCGUGCCUCCGCGACCCUCAUCAAGUCAGUCUGACAGCAGCGCGCCAAAUCACCUCUCUCAACCUCAGCUGCCGCAGCAAGGGUACAACCAGCAGAUGCAGGCGUCAUCUAUGUAUGGUGCCAAGAUGCACCAAGGAAUCAUGUCUUCAUAUCCAGGUCCCCACUAUCCCCAAAGCAACUACCCCCGCCAGCCGGGGGGCCUGGGCCCCAUGCCUGGCUACGGCCCUCCCCAGGGCCCUGGCCCAGGGGGCUACCCGGGCCACGGGGGGGGCCGGGUGGGGGCCCAGGGGUCGGUGGCUGCGGGCUACCCGUACGGCAACUCCCAGUACGGCUACGGGGGUGCCAACAGCCUAAUGCCCCCGCCGGGCCCCCAGUACUCGAAGGGGGGCCAGGGGGCCCUGGGGGUGCCCCCUUCCGGGGGAGGGGUGCCCGGCGGGGCCGGUUCCCGGCCCAUGUACCUGCGACAGCACCUGCAGCAGAAGAUGUACGGCUACGCCAGUCCCAUGACGCCCCCGGGCGGGGAGGGGACCUCCCCUUCCCCGUCGGAGGGGGUGGCCCCGGGGCCUCCACCCGGGGCCUGUUACAGCCAGUGUCCCACCACCCCUAUGAGCGCCCCCUCGGCCCUGUUGGCGCAGGGCGUAAGCAGCCCGCCAGUGUCCGGGGGCGGGGCGUCGCACGAGGGCCCCGCCCCCGGCAGGCCCCUGGCCCCGCCCCCGCAGGUGCUGGACGAGGGCAGUCAGGCGUCCAAUGCCUCGGCCUCGUCCUCCCUGCCAGAGGAGCACAUGGGUGGCGAGGGUGGGGCCAAGGGGGGCAAGCAGCCCCCCAUGUCGCACCCUCCCACCCCAAACACCCUGCCCUCCCCCGGCGGGGCCUCCAUGUCCUCCUUCCACGACGAGUUUGAGAGCGUCUCCAGCCCCAGCUGGCCACGCACCCCUGCCAGUCCCGUUGUUAAUAGCCAAGUUUAUGAGCAUCAUAUGAUAAAGCGACCCGACGGCCUCCUGAAGCUGUACGACAUGUCGGAGGAGCCCGAGCGGAGGGCCUUUCUGGACAAGCUGAUAGUGUACAACGACGAGCGUGGUACUCCCAUCACCCAGUGCCCAACCAUCAGCAAACAGCCCCUGGACUUGUUUCGCCUCUACCUCAUCGUCAAGGAUCGAGGUGGCUUCGUGGAAGUAACGAAGGCAAAGCAUUGGAAGGAUGUGGCUGGUGUGCUGGGCAUCGGGGCCUCCUCUAGUGCUGCGUACACCCUGCGCAAGCAGUAUGUCAAGCACCUGCUGCCAUUUGAGUGCAAGUAUGACCGAGGGGGCAUCGACCCUCAGCCCAUCAUCAGCCAGUUGGAGUCGGCCUCCCGCAAGAAGGCCAAGGGAACCAUGUCGCCUUCCGGGGCGGCCCAGGACUACGGACCCCCGAGCCAGUCGAUGGAGGGCUACCCGGCGGCGGGGGGCUACCACCCGGGGGCCCCCUACCCGCCCGGGGCUCCCCCGAGCAUGAUGGGGGCCUCGGAGUACCCGUGCCCCCCCGGCUACCCGCCCACGAACCACGUGGGCUGCGAGCCGGAUGGCUACCCACCGGCCGAGGAGUACCCCGGGGAGGGUUACCCCCACGGCUACUCGCAGGCGCCCCCGUACGCGGCCGGCCAGGCCGGCAUCGGCGGGGGCACGUGCGGCUACGCCCCAGGGGCCGACCAGUAUGCCGGAGAGGGCUACGAGGGGGGCUACAACGGCAGGGACCCCUACGGGGCCGGCGCCCCGUACCCCAUGCGGGCCCAGGCCGGGGCGCCCUCCUACCCUCCCCAGUACCAGGGCCACUACGACCGGGAAAGGUACGAUCAGCAUCAGCAGCAACAGCAGCAGCAGCAGCAGCAGCAGCAACAACAGCAGCAGCAACAACAGCAGCAGCAGCAGCAGCAACAGCAGCAAGAACAACAGCAGCAGCAGCGGCAGCAGCAGCAGCAGCAGCAGCAACAGCAGCAGCAACAGCAGCAGCAGCAGCCACCGCCCCCGUCGGGGGGCGCGCCCCCUCGGCCGCAGCCCCCUGGGGGGCCCCCGGGGGGCCCCUCGAUGGCCCCUUCGGGGGACCACGGGGGGACCAUGUACCCUUAUGGCUCGGGCGGCCCGGGGGCGGCAGUGGCGGCAGCGGCAGUAGCAGCAGCAGCAGGGCCUGGCGGAGGCAGCUACCAGAGCAGACCCCCCGCAUACCCCCCUCAGGGGGGGCCCCCCUACCCAUCCCAGGGAGGGCCACCUUCCUCGGGCUCCCCCCAGGGAGCCGCCCCAGAACCCUACCCGGCCAGGGCACCUCCGCAGGACCCGGCCUACCAGAUGGUUCGUGGCCCAUCUCCUUUAGCCCAGCGAUUGCUCCCCAAGGCACCUCCUCAAGUGUACCCGGGAAGUCAGCCGGGAUCCCUGUACGGGACCCCCCAGCCUCAACAGGCCCAGGGGGGCCAGCCAGGGGGCAGUGUGGUGCCCCCUGGGAAGGGGGCGCCCCAGGGGGCUCCGACGCCCCCUUACCAGCGGGAGGUGUACCCAAAGCGCCACCCGGACUUUAUGAAGCCCCCACCCCAGCAGGAGCCCUACCCGCCACCACACAUGGCUGGGCCGUACCCUGCACCCCACCCGCAGCAGGCUCCCUCCCAGCAGUACCCAGACCGUGGCCAGUACCCCUACCGGCCACCGCACAUGAUGACACCACCUGCGUCUUCCAUGCAGCAGCAAGGCUGGGGCAGGGAGGGCCAGUACCGUGGCUACCAGCAGGGCUCCCCUUACGGGGGCCCCCCCCACCCGGGGGCCCCCCCUGAGCGCUGGGAGGGGCCCCGAAUCGGAGAGGGCGCCCCGGGGGCCGCCUGGGCUGUGUCGAGGGGGCCCCAGGGGGAGCCCUACCCGCCCCAGGGGCCCCUCAUGGCCCAGCAGACCAGCCAGCAGGGCCCAAACGCCAUGGCUCACAAGAUGGCCACGGCGGCCGCCUACGCUAGGGACCGGGCGUACCCGCCCGCGGGCAAGCUGCAGCAGGGCAGCCCGUACGCGAUGGGGCCUCCCCCGCGCAAGGAGGUGGUGUUCCCACCAGACAGCGUGGAGGCGGUGCUGCCCGUGGGGACCAAGCGGCGGCGGCUGCACGCCAAGGACGUGAGCCCCCUGGAGGCCUGGCGCCUCAUGAUGUGCCUCAAGUCCGGCCUGCUAGCCGAGAGCACCUGGGCCCUGGACGUGCUCUCGGUGCUGUUGUACGACGAUGCCACCGUGCUCUAUUUCGGCCUGUCCCAUCUGCCGGGCCUGCUCGAAACCCUGAUGGAGCACUACCGCCGCUGCCUGGCCCUGGUGUUUGGCACAGCCGACGACCUCGAGAUGGGCUACGAGGCCCCUCCCGAGGGGGAGGGGAAGGAGGACAAGAAGGAGAGCCCCUGGUACGCCCUGGACCGGGACGGCCCCACCAAAGACCCCCUGGAGGGCCUGGUGGUGCCAGCCCAGAUCGAAAUGGCAGACCGCAGCCCCCUGCUGCCCGGCGGGGGCUUCACGUGGCGGACGCGGUGCGGCAAGGCGGUGCGGUCGCGGCCCGACGACGAGGGCUCCCUGCACGUGGUGGACUGCGACAAGCGCUGGGACGUGCACGAGGGCUUCAGCGCCUCCCCCGAGCACUGGCAGCUGGGCGGAGGGGAGAUCACGGCACACAUCCAGACAUGCUUCGAGAGCGACGUGCACAACGUGAGGUUUGUGCGCCUCAUGGAGGAGGGGGUUAAAAGGGAGGCUGAAGAGGAGGAGCAGCUACGCGAGGAGGAGGCUAAGAGGUGCCGGUCCAAGCUGGCCGACCUGUUGGCCAAGCAGAAGGCCAACUGUAAGAGGGAUCCCGUGGUGCUCGUGGAGGACAUCCGGUCCAAGAUGAAGCUGGAGGACGACGGGGUGCUGCUGACGCCCGUGAAGACGGAGGAGGUGGAAGAGAAGAGGGCACCCUGCAACGACUGCCGGACUGGGGAGAGCGUGGUCCUACCCAGGCUACGGGAAGAGGCGCGUCCCCGCAAGAAGCGGCCCUGUACCGAAGCGGUGGAGGAAGAAGCCUACUGCCGAGACGAGCCCUCACUGUGCGUGGUGUCGGAGGCCCGCGAGGCCCUGGGCCGGCGGUGCGUCUGCAUCUCGACCCUGCUGCGCAACCUGUCGUUCGUGCCGGGCAAUGACGCCGAGAUGUCCAAGCACGCGGGCCUGCUGGUGCUGCUGGGGCGGCUGCUCCUGCUACGACACGUGCACGGGCCCCGGAGGGGGGCCCCUCGUCACUACGACCAGGAGGAGUGCUCGGCGGAGGAGCACUGCAGCUCCCUGCUGGCGGAGCGGGAGUGGUGGUGGGACUGGCUGCAGGCCCUGCGGGAGAACACCCUGGUCUGCCUGGCCAACAUGGCGGGCCAGCUGUCCCUGGCGCCCUUCCCCGAGGAGAUCAGCCUGCCCCUGCUGGACGGCCUGCUGCACUGGGCCACCUGCCCGUCGGCCUGCGCCCGGGACCCGCUGCCUCAGAGCGCCCUGAGCCCCCAGCGGCUGGCCCUGGAGGCCCUGUGCAAGCUGUCGGUCCAGGAGGCCAAUGUGGACCUGCUGCUGGCCACCCCGCCCUGGGCCCGCACCCAGGGCCUGCUGGCCCAGCUGGCCCGCUGGCUGGCCCGGGGCCAGGACCAGGUGCUGCGCGAGUUUGCCGUGGUGCUGCUGUCCAACGUGGCCCCCGCGGGGAGCGGGGCUGCCCGGGCUGUGGCCCUGCAGGGGGCCUGCCUGGGCCACCUGCUGGCCUUUGUGGAGCAAGCCGAGCAGAGUGCCCUCCAGGUGGCCAACAGCCAGGGCGUGGCCGCCCUUCGUGACAACCCCGAGCUCAUGGGCACCACCCUGGACAUGGUGCGCCGGGCCGCCGCCACCCUGCGCUGCCUGGCCAGGGUGCCCGACAACCGGCCCCUGUUCCUGCAGCUGCAGCCCCGCUUGCUUGCCCUGGUCAUGUCCCAGAUCCUGGACCAGGGGGUGGCUGCCAUCCUGGCAGACGUGCUCUUUGAGUGCUCCCAGCACGCCGAGGCCGCCAGCCCCUACGCCAAAGUCGCCUUCACAACUGCCCCCACCGCAACUACAACGGCGGAGGAAACGAAUUCAACAACAACAACCACCACGGCAGCGGCGACGGCGGAAGUUGCGACGGAAGUAACAGCGGCGACGGAAACGACAAGAAUGUCUUUGACCGCAGAGACAUCACCGGCACCGGCGGAACCGGCAGAGGAAACGAGUGCGACGGAAACCACGGAAGCUGCGUCGGCCGCUGAAGUGGCCUCCUAGUGGGGCCGGCCUGCCUGCCCCACCCACCCCCAUCCUUAUUUAUUUCACGGACAGCGGGCAGACGGACAACCCGGGUGUAGAUAGCUUAGACUCUUUUUGUUAAUUUUGUCCUCGACGUCGGACCUUUGGUGAGAGGGGAGCUCUCCUUUUGUGGUGAUAUUUGUACAGUGUGCUCUUCUUUUUUUUUUUUUUCCUUCUCUCCUCCCCGCCUUCCCGCGCGGGGGGAGGGGGUCCGUGCGGCCGGCGGCGGAGCCUCGGAAGAUCUGGGGUGCCCCCUGGCCGGGACGGGUGGAAGUGCGAGCGGACGGGACUGGCUCAUCUCGAUCUGAUUCAGUGUGUAGGGUCCUUGUUUGUGAAUGCAGCAGAAACAUCAUCCUCUUUUAUUUUUACUUUCAAUUUUUUUUUUUGCUUCCGUCAUUUGAUAUGGUAUGAUGUGCGUGCGUGCGCGUGCCCGAGCUUUAUACAUUGUACAUGUCUGACAAAACGAAUGAGCUGCAAAUAAAUGUACAGAUGAGAAGUUCUCUUUUCCCCUUGAAGAAACCGAUCCCUCGGAGUUGGUGGUACUGUUCUCAGAAGGCGGCUUUUUUUAAACAUUUCUCGUUUUCUUUUUUUUUUAUGUUGGUAGAGGUUGGUGCUUGGCAAUUUGAGCAGUCCCUCCUUUUACUUUGUUUUAGUACAGUUUUGUCCCCCUUUCCCCGGUAAAUUCCUACUCUUACUCGCAACAUAUUUACUAGUCAAACCAAUUUUUGCCAGAGGGCAAGUAAUGUUAAGUUUCAAGGGGGAUUCCCAUCUUUAUUUAUGGAGUUUUUCUUUUUCAUUUUGGCGACGCUCCUAUUAUGGUGAAAUAGUGCUCUCUAGGAGAGCAUGCCAUAAUUUUUUUAUUCGUGGAGAGACAUAAUUUAAGGAGGAGGUCUUUAAUUUUUCUCAUCAUGCUUUUGGCAGCCAUGGUUUUUUUUUUUGCCCCCUUCAUUUCUAGAGUGCCACAGCCUGUGGCGAGAACAAAAUCAUGAAGGUACUUACGCCAAAACAUCUCGAGUGAGGAUGGCCACAGGACUUUUUAAUUUCCUUUUUUUUUUCCUUCGUUUUCAUUUUGCAGAGAGUGAGAACUGGGAGGUGCCGAAAGGACAGCUUUGUCUGCAAUGCAGAAUUUUUGUACUUCUGUGUCCAGAGUAUUCCAGGGCUUGGUCGAGUUUUUUUCUUUAUUGUGGGGAUCAAGUUGUACAAAAUGUAUGGAAAACUUGUAAAAUAAAAAUGACUUCGAAAACGAGCCCAGUA